AGAAUCGAGCACAGAGUAGCCGUCGACAAAAUUAAACAUUUUCCAAACACCCAGACGCAAAAACCAUUUCAUCAAUCGUCGUUCAGCGUGUUCAGCCAUUUUCCUGCUCUAAAAUAUUUUAAAAAAUUCAACAAAUUUUAAUAAUUUUGAAAAGCAGAAAAAAAAAAAAAAAAUUCAAAAUAUUUCCUACUCAAAACUAAACUACUAAACUACAGUUUCCUUUUACCCUGUAUUAAUCGGAAACUUUGUUAUCUAGAAUGAGUACCACGAAGAAACGCAAGGGCUCAUCGGGUAUUGCAAACGUGUCUCCCAAGCGGACACGCGCCUAUAUUCGUCGCAUCCAGAGCCUGGAGCAGAACGACAGCAUCAUCGAAGACCCUUCACAAAGUCAGGCGCUUAAUUCAGAGUCAAGUGCUUUGACAGACGGCAGCAACAACGACCCAGUGCCAGUUCCAGAAGAAGAACCUCUGGACAAAGAGAUUACAUCGACAGCCUCUGGUCAACAACUACCCGUUCAGGUUGCAGCAGUAGAGACGUUCAGCUCUACUGUUAGCCAAUAUCCCGAACUAAAUCCUAGCUCCGAAAUACCCAAGUUCGUUAUUUUACAUUGUCAAAAAGAGAUUGUUUUAUAUCAGCCUGUGGCCCGUGCUGCAAUCGAAAACGGUCCGUUCGACCCGUCGAUGUUUACUCAGCCCACAUUGGGGGUGCUCGCUAAAGAAUUUUGGAAGACGCUCAAAAGUAAUAUCCAAACUUAUAUACAUAAAUAA